AGAUGGGCAAAGCACCGGGUUUAAACCCGGUGCUUUGGUAAAAACCCAAUAAACACCCAUAAACUCCCAUAAUCACCCAAAAAAAUAGGUUUUUACGUAUUUUUUUGAAAAUAUGUAAGUAAUACCAAUAAAUUAUUUUUAUAAAUUGUAUUGAUCAAUUCUACAAUAUUAAAUAAAACGUUAACUAAUAAUAUUUCAGGAAAUUUUAAAAAUCUAUAUAUAAUAAAAUGAAAGUAAUUAAUUUUCAGUGUUUUCAUGUUGCAGUUGAUCAACAUGUUGGCCUUUUGCUUCCCGUAGAUACUUUAAAAUUUCUUCAUAACACCUCGUUCGCACACAUGGCCGUAUAUAUUUAAAUUCUUGAGCCACUAACAGUCCGAAAUACUCAUUUCUUUUAUCCUCUUCUCCAUAAAUUAAGCAUUUAGAACAGUUUGUUUCUUCUUUCAGUAAAUUUUCUUUUACUUUAUCCUCGUUUUUUUCUUUGUUGCGACGACGCUGGGUAAAUCAUCUGGACACUGGGUCUCACUAUCGCCAAAUAUAUUUGGAGAUCGGCUUCGGCUACGGCUUGGCAGACAUUUUUUUCUUUCUACAAUUUUAAAUUAAAUUUAUUAGAAUAAAUGCUUCGAACACACGCGAUCUAAGUACCUUUUGUGUUUAUUAUACCUUACCUACCUAGGUAUAAAAAGAGUACUUACGUAGAUUUUCUUUUAUUAACUGUUUUAUACGAAGAUCUUGAUCUCUCAAAUUAGCAUCCAUUUUACUUCCAGUGAUUAUCAACUAAAUUAAUAAUCCACAAAGUAUUAAAUAACGUUUUUAUGAAAUAUUUAGCACAAAAACAAUACCCUUUAAAUAUCGAUCGUCAGUAACUGUGGCUGACUUACCUAUAUUCUAGCAAGCAGGACUGCCAGAUGUGAAGGGGAAAUCCCCAAUAAAUUGUUGCAUGUGACUGAUGAUGUGAGCAUGUUCGUUUCAUAAUAAAAAUGUUGCCAGGUAACCAAAAAGUCGUAUGUUUUUGUGCGAAUUACGAUCAUAAUCUUUACGAUCGUACAUUAAAAAAUAGACAAAUAAUAGUAUGAGUACGAUUUAAAUCGUAUAUCUGUCAACCCUGCUAGCAAGACAGCGACAAAAUCACGUUGCAUAACAAUGUAGCCCAAGCUUAUAUCUUAUGAAAUAUACGGAAGAGAUACGGACUUAGAAAAAACAGAAAUGUUGUUCUUUGUGGAAGUCAUUGAUGAAAUUCUAUGUAUUUUAGCCCGCAAACUUUCUUCAAACAAAAACAGCGCCAUCUAGUAUCGAGUUCUGUAAUUAUCUCUUUGUUUAUGGAUUUGAAGUAAGACCGCCACGCAUGCAAUACAUUAUGACUGGGGAUUCCCCUAUUCGUCGACGCUGAAUAUGAGGCGACGACAAUCACUGUCAAACGUGUUCACUAUUACUCUGACUCUGGUAACGUGACUUCCUGGUAACGUGUUAGGUAGGAAAAGCAGUAAAAAAGUGCAUAUUAAGGGAGCAGAUUUGAAAUAAUAUUUAUACUUAACAAGAAAUAAUUAAAGGUUCAAUGGGGAGACCUAAAGAUUUACGCAUAUGGGAGCACUACCGUACUUUACCAAACAAGUCUGUUUCUUGCAAGCUUUGUAAUAAGGUCUACAAAUUCAGUAAUGCUGCCAAAAUGCUUCAACAUCUUAUCACUUGUCCAAAAUCUCCAGAAACAUUAAAAGACUCUAUGAAACUUAUAAAAGAUAGCUCGUCCAAAACCAAAAUGUCUGGACUGUCAGAGAUAGAGACAAAUGAUUCUUUUAUAAGCCCCUCGUCGUCUGCUAACACUACAAUAAAUGCUGAGUUUCAAGACACCGAUGAUCAUAUAAAAACAGAAUUAGCGAGAGCUAUAUUUGUAACAGGGACGCCAUUAUCGAUGGUGCAACAUCCUUUAUGGAUACAAUUUUUCGAAAAAUUGCAACCAAAAUUUAAAAUACCUUCACGUAAAGCUUUAGCGACAAAAUACUUAGAUAAAAUAUAUAGAGAAAUGCGUUUUGAGUUAAAUGAGGAACUAAAUGCUUGUAGUUACUUACACCUUCAGUGCGAUGGCUGGUAUAAUUUAAGAAAUGAAGGAAUAAUAAACUUUCUUAUAUCAAAACCUCAACCUGCAUACGUUAAAAGUUUGAAUACAGAAAGUAAUCCUCACACUAGUGAAUACCUUAGCCAAGAAGUUGAAAAAGUAAUGAAAGUGUAUGGAGCAAAUAAGUUUCUUGUACUUAUUGGCGAUAACGCUAGAAAUAUACAAAAGGCAUUCGAAUUAACAAAACUCAAAUAUCCACAUGUUGUUCCUCUCGGUUGCUGUGCACAUAUCCUUAACUUGUUGUGCCAAGAUAUUGUAAAGAUACAAGAAGUAACUGUGUUUAUUAUGCAAGCCAUAAAUAUAAUAAAAACUGUUAAAAGGAGUCAACGAUUAAGUUCCUUGUUGAUAAAAUCAAGGCAGGGUGAAGAUUCUACACAAACACUAAAAUUGCCUUGUGCUACAAGAUGGGGAAGUCAUGUUACUUCGUUAAAAAGUUUGAAAGCAAAUAAGAUAGCUUUGCAAAUAUUAACAGUUAGAGAAGAUGUGGUAAUUUCAAGAGAUAUUAAAGAUUUAAUUCUAAGUGAUGAUUUCUGGACGAAGACAGGGGAAUGUAUAAGUAUUUUGGAACCAGUCACUGAAAGCAUAUUUUACUUAGAGAGCGACCAGAAUCGUUUGCAUCGCACAUACAUUACAUUUAGAGAUGUACAAGCUAAGAUACGUUUUGCAUUAAAUGAGAUUUCGACAUUGAGCGAAGAAAGCAAACAGCAGAUUCUAACAUCAGUAUCUUCAAGAUGCAAUAUGGCAAUGAGGCCAAUACAUUUUGCAGCAUAUAUUCUAGACCCCAGGACUCUAGGAGUCGAACUUACUCAAGAGGAAGAACUUAAGGGUAUGGAGUUUAUCUACAAUUUAAGCCAACACUUAAGUUUGUCAAAUGUAAUGGCAGAUUUGGCGUGUUAUAAAGCUAAAGAAAACUUUUGGGCCAGAGGAUUUGUAUGGAGCUCAUUAGAUAGCAUUGAGCCCCUAAUAUGGUGGAAAGGUAUUUGUGGUUCCACUGAGUUAAGCAAAGUAGCGAUUCGUAUUCUAUCAGCUCCCUGUACUUCGGCAGCCACUGAGCGUUCCUUUAGUAUCCAAGGCUACAUACAUAAUAACAAAAGAAAUCGACUUACAACUGAAAGAACUGAAAAAAUUUCAUUCAUUUGUUAUAACUGGAAUCUUAAACAUAAAGCUGAAUGCGAGGACAUUCAGUUUAAUGAAGAAAAUACCUUAGAAGCUUUCAUUGAGCAAGUAAAUGAACAUAACAGUUUAGACGAAAUAGAGCCUAUCGAACCUAUACAAUUCAUCGCUUGUAAUAACUCUGAAUCUGACAGUGAUUGACUGUAGUUUUACAUUUUACUUUCAUCUCUUUCUUAAUAAACUCAAAAUCAAAUUAAAAGUUUUUUAUUCUGUAGGCUGCAUAAUAAUAUUGUCUAUGUCCAGUAUAGUGGACGUCUUGCGGCUGAGAUGACGAUGAUGAAGUACAAAAUCAUAAACACCCAAAAAUUUGGGUGUUUAUGGGGUUUAAACCCAAUAAACCCAAAACACCCGGUUUUUACCCACCAGACUUUAAACCCACCCAGGUGGAUUGCCCAUCU